AUGGACCACCUACCUCUCCCCGGCAAACCUACCCUAGCGGAUUCGCUCAGAAUCCCCUACCUCAGCACCUCCCUUUACGACGGCGGCCCCUUCGCCGACUACCCCGCCCGUCACGGCUGGCAGCUCUCCAUCCGCGACGGCAAGUUCAGCAUCACGCGUAACGGGGAGUCGCCGACGAGAGACGCCACGGCUGCGUUCCUACAGACGUGGCUGUAUUUCGGACUCCUAAGCGAGGCACUUGGUUGUUUCUGGAAGCCUGAGAUGCAGCAGUUGUUCGUGGAAGAGGGAGACAAAGGGGAGAGGUGGUUAAGCACGCAGUAUUUGGAGGGCAUCGUGGUAGAUUGGGUGGGGUACAUGGCUGAGGUAUCCGCAGGCAUGAGCUGGAAGGCGAGACUGCGCAUGUGGCGAAAGCUUUAUUGGCGCAUUUCUAGUGGACAGAAGACCACCGAGUAUGCUGACGAAGUGCGGGAAUCAUAUGACAGAUUUCAAAGUAGCAUGAAGUUGGUUCAGACGUUAAUCCUGUACGCUCCGCGCUCAGAACUCAACGCCCUGGGCACUGAUCAGGUCCUAGGGCUGAUGGCACUUGGGGUGUACCUCUGUACCUCAUGGUGGAAGAUAUAUCGUCAUUUCCACGGCAGAAAUCCCGAGCUGCUCACCGCGAUCGAAGCCGGCCAGGCGAUGACGAAACCCUACCUCCAGGAGCACAUGCUGAAGAUGAAUUGGUGUCCCAGCGACAUCUCCAGAAUCAUGGGAAAGAGCAGCUCUAAUGUCAUCUGGUACUACGCAAACAUGCAGCCGCCCAGAGCGGAAAUGGAUCACUCGCAAUGCAAGGAGGUCUUCUGCUCUAGGAACCAGAUUAAUUCAAUGGGACGCUAUCAGCUUGCUCACGCAACAGAAGACUGCGAGUGCCAUUUGGUACAGGCCAAGCUUGAAGAUCUCCGCGAAGUCUUGGCCCAAGGCGGUAUACCCGUGCUGAAUUUCGAAGAGCACAACGAAAUACGGAAAAACGCAGUCAGCGUGCACAAAGGCUCAAAAGCUAACUUCGUUGCUAUCUCGCAUAUCUGGGCGGAAGGCCUGGGCGAUCCCGAUGAUAACGCAUUGCACAACUGUCAAGUGAAGCGCUUGUUCAAUUUGAUCGGACAGCUACCGACACGACAACCUCAGUCGCGCUAUUUAUGGAUUGAUACUAUGUGCGUACCUGUAUACAAAAAGGAUCAAGGACUACACAAGAAGGCUAUGCAGAAAAUGAGAGAUACUUAUGAGUCCGCCACCGAAGUGCUUGUCCUGGAUGCUUACGUUCAGGAUUUCAAGAUCGAGGGCGCCACUCCUCUGGAAGCCUUUGCUCGAGUGGUCAACUCCAGCUGGAUGCAGCGACUGUGGACGCUACAAGAAGGCCGGCUCGCUCAGAGAGUGUAUUUCCAAUUCGCAGAUGGACCCGUAGAGUUACGCAAGCUUUUCAACUCCAUCUCGCAUCAAGUUUUUCCGUCCAGGGCAGCCCUUGCGACUAACACGGAGAUCACCAUGAGCUACAGAGCCAGUAAGUUUCACACCUUUGAAGAACAGAAGGAGAUUCUCAAAGGCUUGUAUGAGGGCAUCAUUGCUACCCGCGACGCUGUUAUGUCUCGGGGGUUGUCCAAAGAUUCGGACGAGGCGCUUUGCUUGUCAACCCUCAUGGACCUCGAUCCGACGCCUGUCAUCAACGCUCCCGACAACGAAGACGAAAAAAUGAGAGCGCUAUGGGCAAUGAUUCCAAAAGUCCCACUGAGCCUGGUGUUCUCAAGAGCGCCCAAAAAACUGCCUAUACCGGGCUUUCGCUGGGCUCCAUCAUCCUUUCGCGGUCCCAUCCCGCAUGACAUACAUGACUGGUGGGCCGGCCCUGAUGAGCUCUGGAAACGGAUUGAAGCAGAACCAACUCCAUCUGGAUUGCUUGUGAAACUGCCAGGGCUAUUCCUCCGAUCAGUGCAUGCCAAGGACGGAUGGAGCAACGCUUUGGACAUGGGCUCGCACUAUAUAUUUCAAUUACCUGACGGCCGGUGGAUAGGCCUAGGCCUCGGAUUGCCGUGGAGCCAACCGAUAAAAGACACACGUCCCGAAAAAAGCCCAGAAGGCGUGGCGCUGAUCCUGCAGGACAACAGUCUUACCGAAAGGGUGCAUGAGGACUUCAGCAAGUCCACCAUUAUUGCCAACGACAUACCCUCGAAGGGCCUUCUUGUUGGCUUGGUCGCACGCGUCAAAAGCAUGGAAAACAAUGAGAUCCAUGUAGCCGGCCUGCAGCAUGCACAGGUUAUGGAGCUCCCACCCGACGUCUCGACCAUGUUCAGCGCCGCGGUAAGCGCGGCGCACAAACUGUGGGAUCGUCUUACGCCAGAACAACCGAACUCUGAGGUCGUCAAGGAGUGCAUUGCUGUUGCCAAGGAGGCCAUGCUCGACCCGACAGUGCUGGACGCCUGUCGAAAUCAGCGGCGCGGUGCCGGUGCGGACGAGUCGGAUGACGAGAUUAUGUACAUGAUUGCAGAGAUGGCUCAUAAUGUGUACUUGGGUGGCUUUAACACUGUAGACCUUGUUCCUGAGAGCUGUAAGUGGUAUGUUGACUGA